GGCGCAAACCUCCGUCUCUUCCCCGUCUCUUCCUCUGAUAAUAUCUGCGGAGUCUACGAGAUUCAAGGGGCAUCGGUGUAUGUCAUAGUCAGCCACUUAACUGAUAUGAUUAGGGGCGAGCAUAUGGGUCUUUCUUCUUCACAACCAAAUAGUCAGGAUGAUAGUCAUUUUUCCUCUGAACAAAUUACAUCAGAGAAGACACAUGAUAUUGUUACUGAACGCACACAUUCUGAAUCAUCAGAACAAAAAAAUCAGCUUAGCACUGCAGUGGUACAAAACGAACCAGGAGAAACCUGCACUAUGGUAUCUGAUUCUGUUACUAAUGAAAAAUUGAAACUAUUUUCAGAAGAUGUGGUCAAGAUUUCUUUCCCUGAACAUGUGGAACGAUCCAUGGAAGAUGUUAGUGAGCUUAAUUGGACCAAUAAUAAUGCAUGCACUCAACAAACUAUGUCAGGAAAGAUUGAUGUUUAUGGUUCAGAAUUCCAGCAAGAUGAAGCAUCUGAACAGAAUAUCAAGCUGGAUUCUCAAAUUGUACAAAACAAACCUGGAGAAGAAAGUGGUGCUUUGCUUUCUGGCUGUGGUAAUGAAAACUUGCAACAAUUUUCUGAAAAUUUUUCCAAGGGUGCUACUUCAGAGCAUUUGAAACCAUCAACUGAAAAUGCAAGUGAGUCUGGUUCAAGAAAUUUGUGUAAGGAACUGGGAAGGGAACUGUCGGAACAGAAUCACCAGCUUGAUCCUGAAAUUAUACAAGAUGAAAAUAGAGAAACCAGUUUUGCAUUAUCUUAUUGUACUUUUAAUCAAACCUUGCAACCAGUUCUUGAAGAUACAGACAAGAAAAUUUGCUACAAACAUUCAUGUCAAAAUCUUGAAGAUGCACAAAGUUUAAUUGAUAAGAUUGAAUUUGAGCCCAACCUUUGCCAUGAACUUGUACAUACUGAACUGGUAGAAGGUGGCACUACAGUAUCUAGGUAUAGGGCCACUGUACCAUUGGGACAACUUCCUCAAGUUGCAAACAAGAGUGCUGUACAUGUAGAAUCCUCCCUUGAAGCUGCCACUAACAAUCCCACCAUUGAACCUUUGUUGUCUCUUCCUGAGUACAAAGCAAAAGAUUCUAGCCCUGAGAUGUCAGAAAUACCACCUAAAUAUUCAGUCAAUCACUCUGCUCAACUGACUGAUGGGAAAAAUUCGAAAACAAGAAAGAAUAACCGUAUGCUAAGAAAUAGUGACAGAGUUCUGCGUUCCAGAUCACAUGAGAAAUCCAAAGCUGCUGAGGUGAGUAAUAAUGUAGCUGAUGCUAGUUCUAAUGGAGAGACAAAAAGGAGGAGGAAGAGGAAGAAGAGGUCAAAGAGAAAUGUGUCUGAUGAAUAUUCAAGAAUCAGGACACAUCUGAGAUAUUUGUUGAACCGGAUAAAUUAUGAGCAAAGCCUAAUUACUGCUUAUUCUACAGAAGGCUGGAAGGGAUUAAGCUUAGAAAAGUUAAAGCCAGAGAAGGAGCUUCAACGUGCUACAUCUGAAAUUCUUCGACGCAAGUUGAAAAUCAGAGAUCUAUUUCAACAUCUUGACUCAUUAUGUGCUGAAGGAAGGCUUCCAGAAUCUUUAUUUGAUUCUGAAGGAGAGAUUGACAGUGAGGAUAUAUUCUGUGCAAAAUGUGGGUCCAAAGACUUGUCUGCUGGCAAUGAUAUUAUACUGUGUGAUGGUGCCUGUGACCGUGGAUUCCAUCAAUACUGUUUGGACCCUCCAUUGUUAAAUGAAGACAUUCCUCCUGAUGAUGAGGGUUGGUUAUGCCCUGGAUGCGACUGCAAGGUUGAUUGUAUUGACUUGCUUAAUGAUUCUCAAGGAACAAGUCUCUCAAUAAAUAAUAGCUGGGAGAAGGUUUUUCCUGAGGCAGCAGCAACUGGACAUACUCAAAAUCACAACUUUGGACUUCCUUCAGAUGAUUCUGAUGAUAAUGACUACAAUCCUGAUAAUCAAGAAACUGAUGAGAAGGAUUCAGGAAAUGAAUCAAGUUCGAAUGAAUCUGACUUUACUUCUGCUUCUGAAGAACUAGAGGUCCCACUGAAUGAGGAGCAGUGCUUGGGCCUUCCGUCUGAUGAUUCAGAGGAUGAUGAUUUUGAUCCUGAUGCUCCAGAUAAUGAUGAGACAGUUAAGCAAGAAAGUUCAAGUUCUGAUUUUACAUCUGAUUCUGAGGAUCUUGCUACUACUCUUGAAGAGAACAGAUCUUAUAAUAAAGAUGAAGACCUCACAUCUGUUAUUCCUUCCAAAGAUUCUAAGGAACAAAGUUCUAGAAUUGGCAGAAAGAAAGAGUCUAUGAAUAAUGAUCGCUUGUCCAUAUUAGAGUCAGCACCUGGACAAGAUGGCUCUGCACCUGUUAAUGAGAAAAGAAGCAUUGAAAGGUUGGACUACAAAAAGUUAUAUGAUGAGACAUAUGGCAACUUCCCUUCUGGUUCAAGUGAUGAUGAAGAUUGGUCUGAUGCUUCUGCACCAAGAAAAAAGAAGAAAAGUAUUGGAAGAGCCAUUUCUGCAUCAAGAAGUGGAGAUGAUUUUGUAAGUAAUAAUGCAGACAUUUCUGAUUUAGAAGAGACUGAACAUAAACCUAGGAGGACUCAUCACCAAAAGGCAAACUCUGAAAAUACAAGUGAUUCACCUGCUAAAUUGCAUGGAGGCCCUUCAAGAUCUGGUUCUAGUGGUAAGGGAACUGGGUCUUCAGCACAUAAAAGACUAGGAGAGGCUGUGAAGCAGAAACUCUACGAAUCUUUUAAGGUAAAUCAGUAUCCUGACCGUGCAACAAAGGAAAGUUUGGCAGCAGAUCUCGGAAUUACUGCCAUGCAGGUUAGCAAGUGGUUUGCAAAUACUCGCUGGUUUGUCAACCAUCCAUCAUCAGUUGAUGAAGCUGCUGCUACAAAUGGUUCUGGAAGAGACAUUAGAUUGACUCAAACAGAAAAGGAGUCUUCUCAUCCAGAACAAAAAACUGUUACUGGAGGUUCUAGUGGCAGUAAAACUCAGAAUGAGGAGACAUAUGGAAGUGUCCCCUCUAGUUCAAGCAAUGAUGAAGAUUGGUCUGAUACUUCUGUGCCAAGGAAAAGGAAGAAAAAUAUUGGAAGAGCUGCUUCAGUGUCAAGAAAUGGAAAUGAUUCUGCAAGUAAAAAUGCGGAGAUUUCUGAUGGUACAAAACAGGAUUUAGGAGAGUCUGAACCUAGUCCUAGGAGGGCUCCUCACCAGCAGUCAAAGACUAAAGAUACCACUAAUACACAAGCUAAAUUGCAUGGAGGCCCAUCAAGAUCUGAUUCUAGUGGUAAGAGGUCGUCAGCAUAUAGAAGACUAGGAGAAACUGUGAAGCAGAAACUCUAUGAAUCUUUUAGGAUACAUCAGUAUCCUGACCGCUCAACAAAGGAAAGUUUGGCAGCAGAGCUUGGAAUUACUGUCAAGCAGGUUAGCAAGUGGUUUGAGAAUUCUCGCUGGUGCUUCAACCAUUCAUCGUCAGCUAGAAAUGGUUCAGAAAGGGACAUUGUUUUGACUCAAGCAGAGGAGUCUCCUCAUCCAGAACAAAAAACUAUUACUGGAGGUUCUAGUUGCAGUAAAAUUCAGAAUGAGGUAUCUUCUGGGGCAGAUGCUGCUAUGACAGAAGCUUGCAGUGAGGAUGUGAGGAAUGGUAAACCAGUAACACCGAAAAGCAACAGAAAGCAAUUAAAAACCCAAGGAUCUAGAAAGAGAAAGAGAAACAGUAAAGUUGAUAAUUAGGCAUCUUAUAGACGUUUGUAAUUUGAAGAGACUCAGAGCUUAUGGGCCAUUUAACGGACGCUGAAGAAUUGCAGAGAGAUAAAGUUCUGUCAAGAGGGAAUUCCUAGCUUGAGAACAAAAUUUUGCAUCCUUGUUAUAGAAAAAUUUUAAGCAGUCACCUUCUGCGAGGGAGAGAUCUUCUGCACUUAGCACAAUCAACAUUUUCAUGAAGAAUUGAUUAGCCUCAGCUGGUGAAGGCAAUCAGAAAAGGAAAGGACUUAUUAUCUGUAUUCUAAAAAAUGGUUACAAAUAGAUAGAUUUUAGUUGAUAUUUGUGUAGAUGUCUCAACUCAAGAGCUGCUGCAUUGUGUAAACAGUGAGCAUUCAUGCUUGCCCCCGGACAGACUGGGUUACUGGAAUUUUAAGUUUCGGUACUUUUCAAGAGGAAAAUUCGGUCUAUUUGAGAAGAGGUUUGUCUUAUUUCUACUUAUAUGGUCACCUGUACUGGGCUCCUUUUUUCUUAUUUUUUUGACAAUUUUAGAUUUUGAAUUCUAGGAUGAGAUUCUGGCGUCUUCUGAUGUACCGUGACCUUGAAUAACUUAAAACGUCUUCA